UGGUGGAAGGGAACCACAUCCCUUAUUACGGCCCACGGCAUGGAAGAACUGAUAUGGGAGCAGUACACAGUGACCCUCCAGAAGGAUUCCAAAAGAGGAUUUGGGAUUGCAGUGUCUGGAGGCCGAGACAACCCCCACUUUGAAAAUGGAGAGACAUCCAUCGUCAUCUCUGAUGUGCUCCCAGGCGGGCCUGCAGAUGGGCUGCUCCAAGAAAAUGACCGGGUGGUCAUGGUCAACGGGACCCCGAUGGAGGAUGUACUCCAUUCAUUUGCUGUUCAGCAGCUGAGAAAAAGUGGGAAGAUCGCUGCUAUUGUGGUCAAGAGGCCCCGGAAAGUCCAGCUGGCCCCCCUUAGGAGCAGCCCUCCCAUGGAUCACGAUGACCAGGCUUUCGAGGUCAUCGAUGAGUUUGACGGCAGGAGCACCCGCAGCGGGUACAGCGAACGGAGCUGGCGCAGCAGCCACGGCGAGCGGAGCUACAGCUGGGACGACAGCCCGAGCCGGGGGCGGCCCAGCGACCGCGCGCGCAGCCAGGAGCAGCUGCACAGCCCGGAGGCACGGGACAGCCGGCAGGAGCCCCGGAGCAGCCGCGAGCACCUGCACUCCCGCAGCCCCAGCCCUGGGCGGGGGGACCACAGCCAGCAGGAUGCAGAUAGGCCCAUCGGGGUCCUUCUGACCAAAGGCAAACCCAACGAAGAGUACGGUCUCCGGCUCGGGAGUCAGAUCUUCAUUAAGGAAAUGACCAGAACGGGUCUGGCCACCAAAGACGGCAACCUCCACGAAGGGGACAUCAUUCUCAAGAUCAAUGGAACUGUCACUGAGAACAUGUCUUUAACGGAUGCUCGAAAACUGAUAGAAAAGUCAAGAGGAAAACUCCAGCUGGUGGUGCUGAGAGACAGCAGGCAGACCCUCAUCAACAUCCCGUCCCUGAACGACAGCGAUUCAGAGAUAGACGAUAUCUCCGAAAUAGAGUCAAAUAGAUCCUUUUCGCCAGAUGAGAGAAGGCAGCAGUAUUCUGAUUGUGACUAUCACUCUUCCAGCGAAAAGCUGAAGGAAAGGCCAAAUUCAAGAGAGGACACAGCGGGCCGGUUGUCCAGGAUGGGAGCCACGCCCACUCCGUUUAAGUCCACUGGUGAUACUGCAGCUGCAGAUGGCGCCGAGACCAGCAAGGAACCCAGGCACCAGGAGGAACCGCCAGCUUUUCAACCAAAAGCGCCCCCAAGAACCUUUCUUCGCCCUAGUCCUGAAGACGAAGCCAUAUAUGGCCCUGAUACCAAAAUGGUGAGGUUCAAGAAGGGCGACAGCGUGGGCCUUCGCUUGGCUGGUGGCAAUGAUGUCGGCAUAUUUGUCGCUGGCAUUCAGGAGGGCACCUCGGCAGAGCAGGAAGGCCUUCAGGAGGGGGACCAGAUUCUGAAGGUGAACACGCAGGACUUCAGAGGUCUGGUUCGGGAGGAUGCUGUUCUAUACCUGUUAGAAAUUCCCAAAGGUGAAACUGUGACCAUUUUAGCACAGAGCCGAGCUGAUGUGUACAGAGACAUCCUGGCUUGUGGACGAGGGGAUUCAUUUUUCAUCAGAAGCCACUUUGAAUGUGAGAAGGAAACGCCCCAGAGCCUGGCCUUCACCCGGGGCGAGGUCUUUCGGGUGGUUGAUACACUGUAUGAUGGCAAGCUGGGCCACUGGCUGGCUGUGCGAAUCGGGAAUGAGUUGGAGAAAGGCUUAAUCCCUAACAAGAGCAGAGCCGAACAGAUGGCCAGUGUCCAGAAUGCCCAGAGAGACAAUGCCGGGGACAGGGCGGAUUUCUGGAGAAUGCGGGGUCAGCGGUCCGGCGUGAAGAAGAACCUGCGGAAGAGCCGGGAGGACCUCACAGCGGCCGUGUCGGUCAGCACCAAGUUCCCAGCUUACGAGAGGGUCCUACUUCGGGAAGCUGGUUUUAAGAGACCUGUGGUCUUGUUUGGCCCCAUAGCAGAUAUAGCGAUGGAAAAGUUGGCAAAUGAGUUACCGAACCAGUUUCAGACUGCUAAAACGGAACCAAAAGAUGCAGGAUCUGAGAAAUCCAGUGGAGUAGUACGAUUAAACACUGUGAGACAGAUUAUUGAACAGGAUAAGCACGCACUCCUGGAUGUGACCCCAAAAGCUGUCGACCUUUUAAAUUACACCCAGUGGUUCCCGAUUGUGAUUUUUUUCAACCCAGACUCUAGACAAGGCGUCAAAACCAUGAGACAGAGGUUGAACCCAACAUCCAACAAAAGUUCUCGAAAGUUGUAUGAUCAGGCCAACAAGUUUAAAAAGACCUGUGCUCAUCUUUUUACAGCUACAAUCAAUCUGAAUUCUGCCAAUGAUGGCUGGUUUGGCAGCUUGAAGGACACAAUUCAGCAUCAACAAGGAGAAGCUGUAUGGGUCUCAGAAGGAAAGAUGGAAGGGCUGGAUGAUGACACCGAAGAUCGCAUGUCCUACUUAACCGCCAUGGGCGCGGACUAUCUGAGUUGCGACAGCCGGCUCAUCAGUGACUUUGAAGACACGGACGGCGAGGGAGGCGCCUACACUGACAAUGAGCUGGACGAGCCGGCCGAGGAGCCGCUGGUGUCGUCCAUCACCCGCUCCUCAGAGCCGGUGCAGCAUGAGGAGAGCAUAAGGAAACCCAGCCCAGAGCCCCGGGCUCAGGUGAAGAGGGCUGCUAGCAGAGACCAACUUAGGGACAAUAGUCCACCCCCAACAUUCAAGCCAGAGCCGCCCAAGGCCAGAGCCCAAAACAGAGAUGAAUUCUAUGACUUCUCCAGAUCCCACGAGUACAAGUCAAACCCCUCGGCCGGGACCCCCAAUGAGAUUCUGGUGGGGUCCACCAAGGGUCACCCUCCUCCGGUGGCAGCGAAGCCUUCCUUCAGUGGCCGCUCCAUCCUGAAGCCCUCCACUCCCCUGCCAGCCCCCGAGAGUGAGGAGACCGGGGAGGGCAGCGAGGAGCAGGAGAACGCUCCCAAGUCUGUCCUGGGCAAAGUCAAAAUAUUUGAGAAGAUGGAUCACAAGGCAAGGUUACAGAGAAUGCAGGAGCUCCAGGAAGCCCAGAAUGCGAGGAUUGAAAUCGCACAGAAGCAUCCUGACAUCUAUGCAGUCCCGAUCAAAACGCAAAAGCCAGACCCUGGGCUACCCCAGCACAUGAGUUCCAGACCUCCUGAGCCACAGAAAGGUCCUUCCAGAGUUUACCAGGAAACCAGAGGAAGCUACAGCAGCGAUGCCGAGGAGGAGGAAUACCGCCAACAGCUGGCGGAGCACUCAAAACGAGGCUACUAUGGCCAGCCCGCCCGGUACCGUGACACAGAGCUAUAG